AUGUCUACGAUGCUCGACGUAAGCGACGUUCAACCGCCUACCUACGAUGACACUGUCAAUGAAUCGAGGGUCCAACUAAGCUGCGGCGAAACGCCCACGCUAUUCCUCGAUCGAACGAUCAUUUUCGCCAACACAGAUCCGCCACGUCCGCUCUACGAAGUCAGCAACAACGUGUGCGAAGCAAGGUUUCUGGUCUAUGGCGUUCAAAAAAUAGCUUAUCGGGUCACGUCGUCCGCCAACGGAGACAAGAUCAGGACAAGACUCGACCAUAUCUACGAUUUCUCACUGGAUUCACUUGCACUCGGUGAAGUCGUGAGCAUCGAGGGCAAAAUGAGCUCCAAGCGGACCGUCAAGGAGACCAGUAUGGAACCAGGCAUUUCCUCGUGGAGGGUCAAAGAUCACUUUAAAGUUGGUGAGGGUGCGGUACACCAGCUCAAGCAUGCCGACGAGGUCCACUGGAAGAACAUGAAGGGCGAGGUGAUCGCCGUCGAAACCGUCGCGAAACGAGACAAGCAGAAGUCUUUAAUUGGGUUUCCGAAACUCGAGAUCAAGAUUGCUAUGGAAGACAAGGAGUUGGAUCUUCUGGUGACAUGCUGGAUGGCGAGAGUGUGGCGCCAGUCGGCAGGUGAAGUGAAAGAGCCAAUGACUUGGCAAGACUUCAAGACGAUCUCCAAGAUUGCCCUCAACAACAAUAGGUGGGGAUUUUGGUAG